AUGUUCCCAAGUAAAUUGUAUGAUUUACAAUUAACACCUUCGCUGAAUAAGUUUAAUUCUGAUUAUGAAAGUGCUAAAUUAAUAGAGUCAUUUAAAUAACUAUUAAUAGAAGACGAUAAGGAAAUAGUCACAUAGGCUAUGGUAUUGUGCUUAAAUCAAAAAUUAGGAUCUAAUGAAAGCAAUUUCUUAUUCUCUGUACGGCACAUGGUAUUAUUGGAAAGCUUUGAGUGAGAUCUCUAAUGGCGACGAUCUUAAUACUAUAAGUUAGUAAUUGGAGAGGAAAAUCAUAAUUUAUGAUAUUUGUGAAAUUGAGGAUUUGAAAUGUUAAGUGAUUAAUUUUGGAUAUAAGAAACGCAUAUAUUUGGCUCGAUAUUUAAAUUACUUUUAUGUUGUUGGCAAAAAGGGUACAUCUGAAAAACAUAAACUUGUUAAAGAUAUUUUAAUGGAUGUUAUAAUAGAAAUAAUAGGUUUACCUAUUAGAAGGCAUAAACGAUCUUAUUCAGAUGCAUUUAAAUAUCUAUCAGAUUAGAAGGAUAAUAGAACAAAUAAAGUAAAUGUAAAAAAUGUACCUUUAUCUCCUUCAAAUAUAUCACGUACUAGUUUGUAAAUGUAAUUAUUGGAUGAGAUUAAUCAAGAGAGUGAUCUUUUACUUAAAGAAUGUAAUUCUUUGAUAAAUUCACCAGGUCCUUAGAAUGAUUUAUUGUAAUCUCUUAAUUUAAAUUUAUAAGAAGGUACAAAUAUAUUAUCUAAUGUAAAUUUAUUAAAAUUAUGUAUAGAUAAGAUAUUUUGGAACAUUGAAAUUUUAUGAUGAAGCAAGAUCAUAUGGAUUUAUAAUAAUGGAUAUGGAUGGUAGUGAUUUAUUUGUUCAUUGUGAUGAUUUAACUAAAGCAGGGAUGAGUAAAGAUUUCUUAAGGACAGCUAAACAUGGAAAUAUUAUAAGAUUUUCCUUUCUUAUUCUUGAAUAUUUUGGAAAAUAUAAUAAGAGUAGAAAAGCUGUUGACUUAUAGUUUAUUUAAGGUCAACAAUAUUUCAUGUGA